AUGGAAAAUAAAAUAUUUAAAAAUAUUUCCCAAACACUUAACGUCUUUCAAUUAGGAAUUGGGUUUUUCUUUGUUUUUCUUGCCUUCAAUUCACAAGGAUUUAUUGAAGAAUCUGUUCUAGAUUCGUUUGUUGCACAAGGAGUGGUGAAAAGACAUGAUGGAUAUACCAGCCUAGCAAUUAUUUAUGCUUCAUUUACUCUACUCAAUAUAGCCGCAGCACCAAUUGUGGGCAUUCUUGGAACUCGUUGGGCAUUACUUUUUGGAGCCUGUACUUAUGCUCUUUUUCAAGCUGGCUUUUUAUUUUUGAAUCGUUUUUAUUUAUUUGGCUCUUCUGCCUUGCUGGGAUUGGGGGCUGCUGUAAUAUGGACAGCCCAAGGAAAAUAUUUAGCACUCAAUAGUCAACCAGAAACAGCAGGAAAACACAGUGGUUUAUUUUGGGCAUUAUCCCAAGCAUGUCAAGUCUGUGGAGGAAUAUUUUUAUUAAUUGUAUUUUUACUUCAUCAACAUUCAAAUCCGGAAGAACACUUUCGAUUUGCAAGUAAUUUUGCUCCAUCAACAGUUAAAUUACUUUAUGCUGUAUUUACUGGAAUUACAGUUUUGGGUGCUCUAAUUUUGGGAUUGUUACCUUUAAAUGGUGAAAAUGUUGGGAAUAAUAGGAGAAGACAUGGAGAAGAUUCUCCUUCACCUUCUGAAUUGCUUGAUCCAAUUAUUAACCCAAUUUCGAAUCAACCAACUGGAGAAGCUAAUAUUCUUGAUAAUGGAAAUGGAACUGACAAUGAACCUAAUAAGAUUUUAACGUCUAUUUUGUCUAUGAUUAAAUCAACAUUUAUUCUCGCCAAAACAUCAAAAAUGUUGUUAUUAUCAAUUCCGUUUAUGUAUACGGGCAUUGUUGUCAGUUUUUGGAGUUCAAUAUAUCCAACAAGUAUAGCAAAUACAGAACUAUUUCAACUAAAUCAAGGUGUUGACCCAAAGAUUUUAUUGGCAUUAAAUGCUAUAAUUCAAGGAGUUGGACAAAGUAGUGCCGGCCUUCUAUUUGGAAUAUUUGGUGUUCGAACAACAAAAAUACUUACAAAAUCAAAUAUUGUUUUAAUUGGCGCUUUAUUACAAUUAUUAGCCUAUUUUGCUAUUUUUGCAAGUAUUCCUGGAGAUGCUUCAUUAGGGAAAACACUUGAAGUAGGAUAUUUAAUUUAUCCAAGAAUUUGGAUAGCUUUACUUUCUGGAUUUUUAAUUGGUUUUGGCGAUUCUUGUUGGAAUACACAAAUAUUUUCUCUAUUAAUUUCUCAUUAUUCACAACAUCAAAGUGCUUCAGCCUUUUCUCUAUUUAAAUUUUACCAAUCAUUGUUAACUUUUUUGGCAUUUUUAUAUGCUUCUCUACUUUCUCUAUAUUGGCAUUUAUUAUUUCUUUUUGUUGGUUCAAUACUUGCUUUGUUUAGUUUUAUUUUUGUUGAAAGAACAAGUCAACAAACAACAAAUAAUGUUGAUAUUUCUGAAGAACAACAACAUGAUAUUAAUUAA